UAAACUUACAAAAGUCCCGUCUUUCUCCCUCCUACAGUGGAGAUCGAAGAGAGCGAAACCUCUGCUGUCGUAACCCCGAACUCCUUCGGCAACCUCAGAUGCAGAAGCAGCGUCGUCUGUACCAACUCCAAGGUCUCUCCAUCUUUCUAUGUUACACCAUGCUCGUCUUCUCCGUCUAGUCUUCCCCUCUCCUUUCAAUUUUCCCAAACCAACCCAAACCCAGCAAUUCUUCCUCCACUCAUCUCUCGCCGCCGCACUGCCAUGGCCGCGUCUCCAAUCAGACUCCUGCUCUGCCAUCCUCACGCUCUGCUCCUCUGCCCAGUCCCUCAAUCAGACCAAACAAGCUCAUGCCUUUGCACUUCUCCACGGCUUGCUUCCUCACAGUGUGUCCAUCAGUGCCUCCCUCAUUCUAAGCUACGCCACCUUUGGAGACCCUUCGGCGUCUCAUCUUCUAUUCGAACCAACUGUUCCCCAUUGUCAUACCGCCUUCUUGUGGAACACUCUCAUAAGGGGCUGCUCCAUUGCUGGCGUCCGUGGCGGGUUUGAUACGUACAAUCGAAUGAUUCGGAACGGCGUGCGACCCGACGAUCACACGCUCCCCUUCGUUCUCAAGGUCUGUGCUGAUCUUUUGGAGGCUGGAAAGGGUAAGGAGAUUCAUGGGUUGGCCUUUAAGUUGGGUUUUAAUUCGGAUGUUUAUGUGGGGAACACCCUUUUGAUGUUUUAUGGCAGUUGCGGAGCCGUGGAGGAUGCACAGAAGGUGUUCGAUGAAAUGUGUGAACGGGAUGUGGUGUCGUGGAACACGACUCUCGAGGUGUUAUCAGCUAAUGGUUUCUUCGUCAAGGCACUUAAUUUGUUUCGAGAGAUGAAAUUGAGAUCUGGGUUUAUGCCAAAUGCGGUUACUGUUGUCACUGUGUCGCCCGUGUGUGCAGAGCUUGAAGAUGAGGUAACAGCAAAUGUGGUUCACUGUUAUGCUGUGAAGGUGGGUAUCGAUCUGCAAUUGAAUAUUGGCAAUGCUUUUGUUGAUGUGUACGGGAAAUGUGGGAAUACAAGGACUGCUAAGCAAGUUUUUGAUGAAAUGUCUGAAAGGAAUGUGGUUUCUUGGAAUGCUAUCAUUACUAGUUUUUCUCAUGGAGGACUUGAUAAAGACUGCUUCGACCUGUUCAGAUUGAUGAUUGAUGUAGGAGCAAAACCAGACUCUGUCACUAUUUCUAGUAUGCUACCUGUGUUGGUUGAAUUAGAAUUUUUCAAAGCAGGAAAAGAAAUUCAUGCCUAUAGUAUUAGAAUGGGUGUGGAAUCUGAUGUUUUCGUUGCAAAUUCACUGAUUGACAUAUAUGCAAAGUCAGGGCAUUCAGCUGAAGCUUCCGAGGUGUUUUACAAUAUAAAGGUGAAAAACAUUGUCUCCUGGAAUGCCAUGGCUGCUAAUUUUGCUCAAAACAGUCUUGAGCUAGAAGCCAUUGGACUUAUACAACAAAUGCAAGCUCAUGGUGAGAUACCCAACACUGUGACCCUGACAAAUGUUCUUCCAGCUUGUGCUAGAGUCGGGUUUCUUCAUGCUGGGAAAGAAAUUCAUGCCAGGUCAAUCCGAACAGGACAUGCCUUUGAUCUUUUUGUCUCCAAUGCUCUAGUAGACAUGUAUGCGAAAUGUGGUUGCCUGACCCUUGCUCGAAGUGUCUUUAAUUCUUCCGUCAGAGAUGAAAUAACUUACAAUAUACUAGUAGUAGGCUAUUCUCAAACUAGUGAUUGCAUGGAGUCUCUAUUUUUAUUUUCAGAAAUGGGGCUUAGAGGUAUGAUGCAUGAUGUUGUUUCCUUUGUGGGCGUUCUCUCUGCUUGUGCAAAUCUUGCUGCCAUCAAGCAGGGAAAAGAGAUCCAUGGAUUUUUAGUGAGAAGACUGUGUCACUUACAUCUCUUUGUGGCAAACUCACUUUUAGACCUUUAUACAAAAUGUGGACAGAUUGAAAUUGCCAAGAAGAUCUUUGACCGAAUUGCUAGGAAGGAUGUAGCGUCAUGGAAUGCCAUGAUUUUGGGUUAUGGGAUGCUGGGCGAGGUUGACAUUGCAAUUGAUCUCUUUGAAGCAAUGAGAGAAGAUGGCAUGGAAUAUGAUUCAGUUUCAUAUAUUGCAGUUUUAUCAGCAUGUAGUCAUGGUGGGCUGAUUGAGAAAGGCAGAGAAUGCUUUGACAUGAUGCAAGCUCAAGAUAUUAAGCCAACACAUAUGCACUAUGCUUGUAUGGUUGAUCUUCUUGGUCGAGCUGGCCUCAUGCAAGAAGCAGUAGAGCUUAUUAAAGGCCUGCCCAUUGUACCAGAUGCCAAUAUUUGGGGUGCCUUGCUUGGGGCUUGCCGAAUUUAUGGGAAUAUAGAGUUGGGGUGUUGGGCAGCAGAGCAUCUAUUCAAGCUGAAGCCUGGGCAUUGUGGUUACUAUAUACUUCUUUCAAACAUGUAUGCAGAAACGGGAAAAUGGGAUGAGGCCAAUAGGAUUAGGGAAUUGAUGAAGUCAAGGAGAGUGAGAAAAAGCCCUGGAUGCAGUUGGGUUCAGAUUGGUGACCAGGUGCAUGCUUUUUCAGUUGGAGAGAGAGUAGAUGGACUGGAUUCAGAAUUGUGGGUUGCAGAAUUGGAUUAACUUAUACAACCCUUGAAAAAAAAAGUAUAGAACAAGUAGUUCAGUUGAGAGAGCUGAUUGUAAUGUAGGCUUCUUCCUUUUUUUUGGUAAGGUGACUGUGGUGUCCAGUUAUUUUGGUCAGGCUCUAAUUAUGGUUAGAUGUGGCAAUUAUAGCCCCACCCUUAACCAUACCCUGUACAGAUAAAUGGGUUAGGGACCCAGGGUACACCUUAUAACUAUGUGUCAUUAAUGUGACCCAUUUAGACCCAAGAAUUAAAUUGGUAGUAAUGGAUUUGCUCCUCUGCCCCCAACCCAUUUAACCCUUUUCCCUAAUAUGCCAAAAGGCCCAAAGUAAUUGCUCUUCUCAUGAGUCUUGACUUGCUCUCUACCCUUGCCCUGCCUGAUCUUUCUGUCUCUCUCAGGGUCUUGAACAGUAGUUUCAAAGGGAUUAGGGCUGAUCAUCAAUCAUAUCUCUCUUAUUUGAUCAUGCUGUUUCUGUAAAGUGUAUGUUGCGAUCAUCUUUCUAUGUACCCCUUUUCCUCUCCAUUACUAUUGGAUUAGACAUGUUAUCCUUUCACUAUUUAUGAAGUAUUAGGGGUUUUAGUUUGUGAAUCUUUC